GAGAGCCGCAUGGGCUGUAGGAGCUCGCUCUAACUAGUUGGUCAUCGGUUUGGCAUCGCGUUUAGUUUGUCUAACUAUUGUUUUAGUCGUCUAAAUUAGUUCACUCUUUCGUAACGCGGCUACUUUGAAUUUUUGAGUCAACAUACGCAGAUAUCGACAAAAAUUAACUAUGGAUGAAUCGAAGAAGAAGGUCUAUCAGGAUACAACUCGUCCUUUGACUAGCAAAGUCCGUUUGCGUUACUACAACAGGAAGAACAAAAGUGAUUUGGGCUCGAAUUUUGUGGCUCCUGAUGGUGGCUGGGCGUGGGUCGUUUGUGUUGCGGCCGGCAUUUCCAAUUUAUCGAUUUUUCCGUGUCUGCAGCAGUUUGGCUUUCUGUUCAAAGACCGACUGAGUGAGGUGAACUUGAGCAACUCACAGAUUACGUCCAUUGUGAAUACACAUUCGGCCAUCUCGGCCUGUACGGGUCUCCUGAAUGGUCCAAUGUUCCGUAGAUUCACGUUUCGUCAGGUGGGCAUGACGGGGUCACUACUAAUAUCAAGUGGCAUUGCCCUAACUGCCUUUUGUAACACCUUCUUGGGCUUUAUGGUCACCUAUGCUAUGCUCUUUGGCUUCGGCAUGGGCAUCAGUGUGUCAUCUUCAUCGCUAGCCAUAAAUACGUAUUUUCAGAAGAAGCGACGUAAAGCAGCCGGCUUCUCGUGGACCAUAACUGGACUGGGACCGAUAUUUCUGCCCCAUUUGGUCACACAUCUGCUUAGCAUCUAUGGUGUCCAGGCGACUGUCUUAUUGUUUGCGGCCAUCUCGUUGCAUUCUUUUGUCUGCGCCUUAAUCUAUCAGCCCGUGCGGUAUCAUGUGAGUGCCCAAAGUGGGGAAGAACAACCAGAACAAUUGCUUGAGGAUCAGCCAGGGGCUUUGUGUGCCCACUGUGGCAUGCAACGCAAACACGAACCUGGCGGCAUCUUCUCCAGUCAGUAUCUCUAUCAGGAUGACGAUGCCCAACGUCCCGGCUUUGAGAUUACCGAGCCGGGCACUCCAAUGCUUUCGCGAGCCAAUGAUGGCUGGUUUGGUUCGCGUCAGUCUUUAGCCUCUAGUCGUCUGCGUUUUCGCACUGUUUCGAGUGGCAAGGAUUUGGAGCAUACUCCACUGGACGAGGAGCAACAGCAUCCAACAGAAGAGUUUCUGCGACCAAACAACUUUCGAAGGGAACGUCAAGAGUCGCUGACCUGUUGCAAGUGCUCAGCACUCCAUGAACUGACUAGGCCACAAAUGGAAACGAAUAAUAAUCAAGAAAAGUUCCAGCAGGAAGUGGAAAAAGAAAGGGAGAUUAGUUUUCUCCAAAAGGUCAUUACAUUCUUCGAUUUGGAUCUCCUGAAAGAUUUCACAUAUGUGAAUCUUGUCGCCGGUCUGACAAUUAUCAAUUUUGCUGAACUUAACUUCUCCAUUCUAAUGCCCUUCAUACUGGCUGACUUUGGUUUCGAUACAUCGCAAAUUACCCUAUCCAUAUCCCUGCUGGCUGGCCUUGAUAUAUGCAUGAGAUUCCUGGUGCCAUUUUUCACCGAGAAGAUACCAUGGGACAAUCGUGUCUUCUUUCUAAUUGGCGUCAUUGGCUUGGCUUUGGGACGCACAGUUGUUGCCUGCACAAGAUCGUAUAAUGUGAUCCUUGGUUGCUUUGCCUGGAUUGGCAUUUGCAAGGGAGUUCGCACAAUAUUUUGGCCUUUGAUCAUCCCAGGACAUGUGCCACUGGUUCGAUUACCAGGUGCGUCGGGUCUGCAAUUACUCAUCUCUGGUCUGUUUACCCUAUUCUGUGGACCAUUUGUAGGUAUGGUGCGUGAUCGUUAUGACUAUUCGGUGACAUUGCACUGUCUCGAUGCUUUAUCCUUUAUAGCGGCCACAUGCUGGAUCCUGGAGGCUCUUAUACGUAGAAGACGUCAGAGAAAAGAUGUAGUAGAAGACUCAAAUUCAUGAAUUCACUAUGAUCCAUACUGUUUUUUUUCUUCUGUCUUCUCUCCCCUAUAGAUGUAAAUAAAUGUAGAUAUAAAUAUAUAAAAAUGU